AUGUUUGAUGCGUCUUGGCAUCUUUUAUUUCUAUCUACAGGACAAUAUUGGACGCACAGUUUAUCUGCAGGUGAAUAUCCAGAAUAUCAGUGGAACGAAAGCCACGUUCAACCGGGCAUUCAACCUUAUCUUCCUCAGUUCAUGUUUCCAUCACCGCAGGCAUCACAGUUCAGCCAUGAAACAGUCAGAUCAGUAUCACCUCAGCCUGGUCCAAGUUUUUCUUCUUUGGAAACAGCUGCAGCCACGUUCAGUCAGUCGCGUGAAGGCACCGAAGGCGAAUCGAGAGCUCUUGUACGCUGGUCUAGAGCUGAUGUGCUGUUGUUAAUAUCCUGCUAUGUCGAACGCAGAGAACGAUUUAAAGAUAUAAACAAAAGAACAAGUCCCUGUGGGAAGAAAUCAGCGAAGAAUUAA